GAUCGAAGGCUAACUAACUCCAUGGAUAUGACAACCACACCUCUUUCGUGCUUUACGGGAGUGUAACGAACACACACUUUAAAGAGCAUUAAUGUGGUCAGACUUUAAAUGAGCUGUAAGCAGAUAUCUGGCGGUGUUACCUGUUUGUUCGUUUGUUUAGUUUGUUAGCCAUGGUUAGGAGCUAGCUAAUUUCAGCUGAGGUAAGAAUAACGUUAGCUGCUAGCUGCUAACUCUUUUACAUUAGACAGUCAUGCCUACUUCGCUGAAGAUAACUCGUUAAGCUGUUAAACAUCUCCUGAUCUCCUUGUCCUUCUUGUCAAGGACACCAAGUCGAUGAAUUUCCUGGCACACCUUUCACAUCACUACUACAAAGAUGCAACAUGCUACAAAGACUGACCUGAGUCUGCUGCUGGAGUGCCUGAAAUGCCAAAUGAAAUGUCCAGACUCUCAGAAGCAAGCACUCCUCACCAUUUAUUCUAUUUGCCAGCAAAGCGGUGAGUAUGUGGAGUUUUUCCUGGAUCUGGGAGGAGUUAUGUUCGUGCACAGCCUAUCCCGCGCCAGCCCCCAUCCUCAGGUCAAACAGACGGCACUCUUCAUUCUGGGUGCCUUGACCGAGUCUAAUGUGUGCUGUAAGCAGGCCCUGUGCAGAAAGGAGACGUUUGCAGACCUGGUGGAGAGCCUGCAGCUGGAGGUGCCUGUGACCCAGAAGAGGGUGGCCGUGUACCUGCUGUCAGCGCUGGUGUCCAACAACAGGUCAGGACAGGAGUUUGCUCACUCUUCAGACUGCAUCCAUGUGCUGCUGAAUCUGUUCAGGUGGAGCUUCCCCCUCUCCUCUGAGGCCAUGGCUGUGGGAGAGACUCAGAUGACGCAGCUCUGGACCGCUGUGUCCAAUGCCCUGUGUGGCUGUGUCAACAAUCCCCAGAAUGACCUGAACCAGCGUGUGUGUAUGUCGGCGUUCCCGCUGGUGUGUGUCUGGCUACAGCAGAUGAGUCCCCCACACCCCCAACUGCUCCAGCCGCUCUGCUCCUUCAUCGCCAUGACGCUGCACAACAACAUGUGUGCUCAAGAGUUCUUCUCCUCAGUGGGGGGUCUGCGUGCGGUGUGUGUGUGUCUGGCUGAUCUGGUGCCUGAGUGUCCAAAGAGCCCCCCAGCAUGCAGCAUGGCCAUCACACUCACCAAGACCCUGGCCGCCUGCAUCACAGACAACCCGGUUCUGGCGGCGGGCCUGUGUGUGCUGCAGCUGGUGCCGGUGCUGGUGCUGCUGCUGUCCUGCCCCAGACUGGACCCCCGAGACCAGCUCAGCGUGCUGCUCACCACCGGCCUCUGCACAGACUCCUCCGAGGAGCACCAGACCCAGCUGUUGGCUAGCGGAGGGCUGCCCCUGGUCAUCUCUCUGCUGACCGACACUCAGGACGAGGAGCUCAAGAAAGCAGCCACCUUCGUCCUGCAGACCUGCAAAAAGAUCACUGGGAUGCUGGGCCCUAGCCUGGGGUCAUGUCAUGAAGAGGAGCAUCAGAGUGAGUUGGAGAACCACUGGAAAUCUGCCAAGGAUAUACUACAGAGGAUAAACAACCUAGAGAAGCAACAGGCAGGAGAAGAACAGUGGGAACGGGAUGUGGGGAAUUCCGCAGAUCAGCAGGAAGGAACUUUUGGCAUUCCGCUGGCCCCGCCCCCUUGGACCCCUCCGCUGCAGCUCCGUGACCCCCCUGAGGAACUCUGGGAAGGGACGCCGCUGCGCAGUGUCAAAGGUCAUCGCCGGGGGGGACGGCCCAGGCGCAGGAACACCGCGCACAAAGAGCCUCCUGUGCGGAGGGACAUUUUUGGCAGUGUUCCAGAACAGGACCUAUCCCUUGAGAGCCACUAUACCACCGACCGAGACGCCAAGAGAGAGGAAAGAGAGAGAGGAGAGGGAGGGAGAGAGGAAAGAGAGAGGGGAGAGAUAGAGAGACAGGAGAGAGAGAGGGAGACACAACAGAGGCAGAGAAUCACGGAAUGGAAGAAGAGAGAGAAAGAAUGUGCUGUCCAGAGAGAAAGAGGAGAGGUGAAAAGAGAGAGAAGGAGAGAUAUGGAAGAGAGAGAGAGCAAGAGAGGCAUAGAGAUCGAGAGAGAGAGCAAGAGAGGCAUAGAGAUGGAGGGAGAGAGGAGAGAUAUGGAAGAGAGAGAGAGCAGAAGAGGUGUAGAGACGGAGAGAGAGAGGAACAGGGAGGAGAGAGAGAGCAGAAGAGGGCGUGGCCGAAUUCCAGCCCAGUUAAGCUCCGCCUCCCUCACAGACACAUACAGCUGCCAACCAGCAGAGGGAGGUAAACACACAGACAGCCCCCAUGAGUUCAGGAUUCCAGAUCCCCUCACAAGCUCCACCCACCGACUCAGACCCCGCCCCCCAUCGGAUGAUGAGAUGUCCAUCUGCUCUGAGAUUCUGCAGCAGGAGAUCCAGCGUGUGCUGACGACCCCUGCCUCCUUUACCCACAGUGCACUGCGCUGCUUAGGUUGUGUGUCGGGUGUGUGUGAUGUGAGCAGCCGCUCGUUCGGUGCUCUCUUGCGCUCCAGCCAGCAGAAGUGUGAGACACACCUGCUGCUGCUCCGAGCCGACCAGCGCCACCGGAAACAGCUCAAGCACACACACACACACACAGUCUCGCACUCCAGCGACACACACACGUCCUCUCGCUCCAGCGACAACACACACACUCCCAGAGCCAGCCACACACACGGCAGCCCAGAGAGCAGCUACUGUGCCAUGGAUACACACUGUGAGAGUGACACACACACUUCCGCACCUCGACCCCUCAGAGAGAGCAGAGCAGACAGGAUCCCAGGAGAGCACACACACCCUCCGCACCAGAGAGACGGCACCACACACACGGAUCGCCUCACAGCUGUGAACCUCACUCCUCUGAAAAGGGCCCCCGACAUGCCUGGUAGAAGCCAGUGCAGAGAGGAGCUGAUUAGUGAAGACGAGUCCAACUCUGAGGCAGAGAGCUGCUCCAGGAAGAGGGACAGGAGGAGCUUCAGUGUGGAGGAGCAGGCGUUCCUGCGUGAGGGGGUUCGGCGCUUCGGUCCGUCCUGGAACUCCAUCCUGUGGGCGUAUCCCUUCCAACCCGGCCGCACCAACACCGACCUGGCACACAAGUACCGCCGCAUGAAGAAAGCUGAAGCUAUACAUUGAAGCAACAGAGACAGUGCUUAACAUGAGAUGUUCACAAAAACGAAAGAGAGUUUCUUCAUACAAAAACAUAUUUAAAUGUCUUGCAUAUAAUUGUGUACUUAUUACUGAUUUUAUUUAUAUUGUAAAAAUUAUAUACUUAUUUAACAUAAUAAUAUAUUUAUAUAAUCUGUAAUCAGUUGUUUACUUGGAGCAUUGUGUGCAGAGUUAUAGGUCAUGUAUUGUAUAGGUUACAUGUUCCAAAUUGUGGGCAAGUUCGCUGUGUUUUUGGGAAGAGGGGAAAAGACCUGAUAGAUUUUUGUAUCUGAA